AAUCACAGAAAAAAUCCUAGUUUUAUAUAAUUAAUUAUUUCCUGGCUUAAGGUUGAUUAAAAAUUGAUAGGGCGCAUGUCGAGGGUUCACAGAGCAGCAGUUGCUGAGUUGAAAACCGGCGCCACAUGGGCGGCAAGGGCGAGAUUAUACAGAUCCACAUCGGACAGGCGGGCGUGCAGAUUGCGAAUGCAUGCUGGGAGCUUUAUUGCCUGGAGCAUGGAAUCCUGUCAAACGGUCGGCUGAUGAGCAAGCCGUGCGAUGAUUCCUUCUUGACGUUCUUUGAGUUUAGCGGUCAUGAGCCCUGCGUGCAGCCGCGUCUCGUCAUGAUCGAUACGGAACCAACGGUCAUAGAUGAGAUACGCACAGGUGCCUAUCGCAAUCUAUUCCAUCCGGACACGCUGAUCACAGGCAAGGACGACAGCGGCAGCAACUUUGCCCGCGGCUACAAUCUGAUGGCCAGCGAGCUUCUGGAUAGGGCCAUGAAUGCCAUACGCCGUGUCGCCGAUCGCUGCCGCAGCCUGCGUGGCUUCCUGGUCUUUCGUGCCAUCGGCGGCGGCACUGGCUCUGGCCUGGGCACACGCAUCAUGGAGAAACUGGUAGAGGAUUUUGGAAAGAAGAUGACAGUCAUAGAGUUUCUAGUGUAUCCAUCGCCUUCCAUUUCGCCCGUAAUUGUGGAGCCGUACAAUGCCCUACUGGCCACUCACUUCUCCAUGGACUGUGCGGAUGUAUCGUUCAUUGUGGACAACGAGGCGCUUUAUGACAUCUGCGCGAAUACAUUGAAUGUGCCUGCGCCUACGUACACCAAUCUGAACCGGAUCAUUGGACAGGUGGUGGCGGCAUUUACGGCUACGCAGCGAUUCUCGGGUCAGUCGGUCAGCUUUCAGGAGCUGCAGACAAAUCUGGUGCCAUACCCGCGCAUACACUAUCCCCUAAUUAAUUACGCUCCACUCGUGCCCGUCACCCACUCGCAGUUCGUCAACAUGAGCACCGCCCAACUGACGGGUCAAUGCUUCCAUAUGAGCAACCAAAUGGUUCGCUGCAAUCCGGCCCAUGGCAAAUACAUGGCCUGCGUGCUGCUCUAUCGUGGCGAUGUGGCGCCCAAUGAGAUCAACUCGGCGCUGGAGAACAUAAAGCGUGCCAAGUCCUUCAAGUUUGUAGACUGGUCCCCGACGGGUUUUAAGAUUGGCGUUAGCCAAAUGCCGCCCGUUUAUGUGCCCAACGGAGAUCUGGCGCCCACGAGUCGCGCCUGCGUGGCCAUAUCGAACAAUACGAACAUACGGAUCGCCUGGUGCCGCCUGGUCAACAAAUUCGAUAAGCUUUAUCAGCGGCGCGCCUUUGUUUAUCAUUAUGUGGGCGAGGGCCUCGAGGAGGGCAACUUCAACGAGGCAUCCGAGAAUAUAUGCCAGCUGGUGCACGAUUAUCUCGAGGUAGAUGCCUCGGCGCCCGUCUCCAAUCGCGGCUCCGAUCGGGAAGACUAGCCCGGCAGUGUGUGCCUUGUCUUUUAAUGCCUGGAAUAAAUCCAAAAUUUGGUGUAUUUAUGCGUA